UGGUGACCAUUGCAUUGUUUGGGUCCUGGCCAGGUGACCGCCACAGAAGGUUCAGUAGAGUCUGUCUCCACACGCUAAAGUACUCGCCUCUAACACACAAGCCACUCAGACAGGCAAAGGAAAGAAUUCAGUAUUUGUGUUGGGAUGGGGGAUCGCUAAGACUCAGAUGAGAAUGUUAUGAGAAAUGAGUCGUCCGAUUGAUUCUCCAACUGGCCUGACUGAAUUUGGUCCACUGACGCCAGAUGAAAAACCGCAAGGCUAUGGAUUCUCUCUAUCUAAGUUGUUCCAAAGAGCUGUUAGAGGAGGAUCAGGGACACCAUCCAAAUCUAGCAGUCCCUCAGAACAGCAGAAGCAGACUCACCAUGAUCAGUCCAGGAACAGGAGUGGAUCUGACCAGCUGUCUCUGCAAUGUUCAGAUAAUCACAGUGAUGGAGGGCCAAGUUGGCUGGAAAAGGAUGUGAGUGAGGCAAGUCAUAUGAGAGAUGCAUCUGUCUCCUCCCAAGAGUCGUCUCUCGGUAGCAAGUCUGGUGCAGCAGCCUCCUCACACCAUGACCGAACACUCCCUAAUGUACUCACCAGGAUAAGAAACAUUCUGGACAACCGUGGAUCUACUCCACAACAGUAUAAGGAUUCAGACUUCAAGCAGUACUGGCUGCCAGACAGUGUGAGUCGGGAAUGCUACGAAUGUGAAGAAAAGUUCACAACAUUCCGUCGAAGACACCACUGUAGAGUGUGUGGCCAGAUAUUCUGUUCAAGAUGUUGCAAUAGCAUGAUACCAGGGAAAAUCAUUGGAUAUACUGGUGAAUUGCGAGUGUGCACCUACUGCUGUAAGGUAGUAUUGUCCUACCUGCAGUCCAGUAAUUUGGCUGCUGAUGUGCUGGCAGAUCUCCGCUCUCUUCAGGAGGAGCUCUUGCCUCCUCUGCUUAGCCAGUUUUCAGGUGUAGGUAUUCAUGAGUCAGCAUUGUACACCUCUGCCUUGAGCACACCUUUAGCCACACCAAGAGGAGCUCAUCGCAGGAGGCACUCACUGGGAUUCCAGGAAGAAAAAUAUGUUGCAAGAACCAGGUAUGCUAGUGGGGAAUUGCAAGCUUUUGGUGUUCACCGUGACAGUGGUCAGAUGACUGCUGAGAGGCAACUGCUGCUCCAAGACUCUCAUCAGCUGCACUCUCUGUGGUCACAGAUGACAGCAGCAACAGGGGGUUUACUACUGGGCUCACACAGACACAGACUCAAGUCCUUCAAUAAUUGUUUUGUUGGAAGGGACCUGGUGCGCUGGCUACUUGUAAAUGACAAAGCUUCAAGUCAAGCUUCAGCAGUAGCAAUAGGACAAGCCCUUUUAGAAGCAGGAUACAUCUUGUGCAUCUCCCAGCUGGAGCAAGUGUUUGUUGAUGAUUAUGUCUUGUACCGUCCCUUGCGUCAGGGCAGCGGAGACCAGGAACGGGUUGUCCAAGAAGACCUGGUUUCUUCACAAGAAGUGGGACAAGAGCCCCUGUGGGUGAAGCAGAUCCCUUGUGUCACUGAAGAUCCAGAAUGCCCUGGUGAGUCUGUGGGUGGACAGCCUGUGUACCAGGAGCCAGGACACGCUGUAGAGACUCCAACCUCCAUCACAUCAUCCACAUCCAAUUACUGUCUGGACUUCAACCUUCAAGAUCAUGUUGUAUCCAUAAGAAAGCCACAGAACACAACCAGCAGACACAGUAGCAUGGACAGUGACAAGCUAGAUAGCAAGGCACCACAGGAGGCUGACUCGGCACCUUACUCCACCACUGUGUCAGCGGCCCUCAGUGCCAGUGCUCAGCUCACUCAGCCUGGAGAUGUCCUGGGAACACCUGCUGCUGUCAUGGCUGAAGUGUUACAGGCAUUGCGAGAUAAUGAUGGAGCUCAACUUCAAACAGGGUUAGGAAGCCAGGAGAGGAAUAAUGUCUCACAGGAUACAGAAGAUGCCUUGAUCAAGCAGAGGCUCAGUUCUUUAUGGGAAUCUCAUGAGAGAGCACUAUUGUGCCAACUGCUGGAUUCUGGAGGCCUGUCUCCCUCUUGGGCCGACGUGAUCCUUCCCAUUGUCCACACAGUCACUGAUAUUAUCCGUCCAGAUGUGAGGAAUGACAGUGAUGACAUGGACAUCAGACAGUAUGUGCAGUUUAAGAAAGUUCCUGGAGGCAACAGAAGUGACUGUCAAAUACUGAAUGGAGCAGUGUGUACCAAGAAUGUGGCAGACAAGUCCAUGGCUGUGAGACUGACUGACCCACAGAUCCUGCUGGUUGCCUCUACCAUAGACUAUCAGAGGGGCAAUGACAACAAGCUGCUCUCCUUUGACAACCUUCUCCUUCAGGAAGCAAAUUAUCUCCAGAAUGUUGUGGCAAAAAUUCUCUCUUACAAACCGGAUAUCAUUCUGGUUGAGAAGAGCAUUGCAUUUCUAGCAAGAAAGUACUUACAGGCCCAUGGAAUCACUCUGGUCAUGAAUGUAAAGCCCUCAGUGAUGGAGAGGGUGGCCAGAUGCACACAGGCUGAAGUGGUUUCCUCCAUUGAUGCUCAGUUGACAAGACCAACUUUAGGAAUGUGUCACAACUUUUACCUGCGAUCGUAUCCGCUCGGUGGACCAAGUAGAUCAAAGACGAUGAUGUUCUUUGAUGGGUGCGCCACUCAUCUUGGGUGCACGGUCAUCCUUCGCGGUGCUUCAAAUGCCGAAUUGAAACGCGUCAAGAAGAUAAUGAACUUCAUGAUAUAUGCAGCUUACAAUUGGAAACUUGAACGUGCCUUUUUGAGAGAUGAAUUUACCUUUAUUGCUCCUCUUCCUUCAGAGAGCUUUGAUUUAGAGGAUCAGGUCUUUGAGGACUGUGAUAGUGCACCAGGAAAAACACAAAAUUUAGGGGAGGAUUCUCCAGCCCCAAGCAAUAAUAGUGAAGUGAAUCCUAACUUGGAAGACAAUGCUGCCAAUAACAAGGAGUCCUCUUCAUUCCCUCUCAUGAUGGAUGUUUCAAAGGAUGAGAGUGUGGAAAAAGAUUCAGAAAAUAACUCUUGUGGAGUACCAGUGCCAGCAGCUGGUGCUGUGGAAAGGGCCAAGGUAUCUCAAACAGUCAGUGAUUUCAGUGAUCCUUUACACUCCUACCUUAACUCGGGAGCAUCUCCUCAAGAAAGUCCCCUUGAGCCACCUCAGGGAACAUUCUCUCUAACAGAACAGCCCCUGGCUAACAGUUUCAGGAAGGCUGUUGAUGAGACCAUAUUGUCUUGCUCGCCAUACUUGCGGUACAGUGUUCCGUAUUUGGAGUCUGAGGUUGGACAGAACUGUUUUCUUCGCAAGUAUUUCCAGAAGGAUUUGUAUUUUUCUGUGCAGUUUGAAAAGGAUAAUCUCAUGAGGCGGCCAAAGUUCUCAGAAAUGGAACCAAAACAUGCAGGAAAUAGUAGUAACAUAGAAAUUCAAGACUUGCACAAUUUCAUUAAACUUAAAUUAACAAAUGGAGUGCAAGAUAAAAAUUUUCAGGCUGUGCUGGCAGAUUUCAGAGCUCGUGGUGGCCAGAUGAGAAACAUUUGCAAGUGUGAAGACUCUGCAAGUGAUGUCGUAUAUAAUGAGUACCUGAACAUCUGUGUAGAGAGACCUAGCAAUGGUCUUGUAAUUGUAGAGAGUCUUCCUUCUGUGACUUCGGGUCAGAAUGCUGAAGGAGGAAACAGCAGCAUCAGCAAGGCAAACAGCAACAGCUUGUGGAGUGGACAGAGUGCUCUGAUGCUUACUGCAAAUGGUCGUGUGGAUGCCCUCCAUCCUUUCAACCACCAGCGGCUCUCACUUCUCUUCAGCAGCUACUCCCAGAUGCCCGAGUCAGGCUCACCUCCAGCCUUUUGUGUUAAUCCUUGGGUGCUGACAAUGGAUUUCUAUGGAAGGAAUGACAUACCUCUUGGUGCCUUCCUGGAGCGGUACUGUUUCAGCCCAACGUACACGUGCCCCUCUGGCCAGUGCUCAGUGCCGGUGCUAGAUCACAUCCGCAAGUUUGUGCAUGACACUGGCUGUGUGGAUGUGGUGCUGCGGAACCUUGACACUGACCUGGAUGUGGCUAAUACCGGCUCAAUCCUGGUGUGGAGCUGGUGUAAAGUCUGUAGACAGGUGACUCCUGUUCAACCAAUGUCACUGGAAACCUGGUCCUUGUCCUUUGCCAAAUACCUGGAGCUCCGUUUCUAUGGUGGCAGCUUCACAAGGCGAGGAAAUCCUAGUUGUGGCCACUCCUUACACCACGACCACUAUCAAUACUUUGGCUACAAGAACCAUGUUGCUGUAUUCAAGUAUAAUGCUAUAAACCUGCGAGAAAUUGCUCUCCCUCCCUCCAAGAUAAGGCUUUGCAAUGCACCCAUUAGUCAAACGUCCAUUGUGGAACUCAUCAAGGGAGUGGCGGUGCAGGGGUACUCUGUCUUUUCUACAAUUCUUGAGAAAGUGACAACUCUGCUAUCAGAAUGUGGCAUUCGUUGGCAGCCUCUCAUAAUAGAAAUCAGUGAACACCAGAACAGCCAACGCAGCAAAUUCAGAGAAAACAUUGAAAGCAUCCAGUUGCAGCUCACCUCCCCAACCCUGGAGGCUCGCCGUCUCCAUCCCCCAACACCCAGCUCUACUGCAGAACUGAGCACAACAAUGCUGGCUAUCACUGAUCAAGUUACCCUGCUGAAGAAACUCAUUGCUCAGGUUGUCAAUGAAUGGAAUAUGAAGGUCCAAGACUUGGUGCAGCUUCGUAAAAAGGAAGAAAAACUAGAGAAGGCCAAGACUCUCGCCUCUGUUGGUGCAGGAGGGAUGCUGCCUCGUCAGUCCACGAGUACUUCAAUGUCUACUUCAUCUGCUUUGUCUGCACAUACAACUACUUCAAGUGGAGAAAUGCAUAGUGCUGUGUCUCACAAGCAGAGCGGUGAUUCAGCCUCUGUGGCAUCUUCAGCAGCCUUGACUGGACUGUCAACUGAAUCUCUAAGUAUUUCAGCAUCUCUUGGUGAGGUUCCAGAUCAAAAUCCUCCAAAAAGUGGCUCUGUUGAUAUUGGUGAAGAUGUAGCUGAUGAUGCAGAAGUGUUGGAAGCUUCUUCCAGCCCACAGUCUAAUGAUGCACAAAAACCUCUAGGAAUAGUAUAUGUGACGCCUUCUGCUGAGUGCCUGAUGGAGGAGAGGGACCACAUCCUUCAGGCCUUGGCUGCUCUCACUGCCUGCACCAAAGCAACAGCCAAGACAGGUCAGAGUGUUCAAUCGCUGUCGUCAGUGUCCAGUGAUGUCCUCCAGAGCAUUGAGACAGAGGGUGAUGUGGGUGGGGGCCUCCAGGCAAUCAUUCCCCACCAGCUCUCAGAUGCGUUCUCUGUGGUCCACCGCCGCCAGGCUUCAGAUUCUUGUGAAGGAUUGGUGAGUGGUUGCUCACCCACUUCGGGGUCCCCUGGGAGAGGCCAUGAGAGGUCCUUGUCUGAUGGGGGCCAGGCCACUGUGGUGAGAGACAGUGUUGAACGUUCAGGAGAGAGACGUCUGCCCACCACUGCUGUAAAAAGCAUCAUCUCCACCUUCUGGUCAACAUCUGCUACUUUAUUAGUUGAGUCACCUUUCCCAGCAAGUGAACAUUACUUGCUACUACCAGAAGUGAAGAUUCCAGUAGUUGUGUAUGGUGAGGAGCCAUCUUCUAUAAUUGCACAUGCUUUGACAUCACAGGAGUAUGAGAAGCAACUUAAUAUUCUCAAGAAAAGACUGAAAGACAUGCAGAAAGAGGGAACAAGUCAAAGGAGUGUGGACCUCCAGCAGUCAAGUGAGGGAGGAUCAGAGAGCACCACCCAUGAAGAUACUGACUUUUGUUUGUCAGCAGCUGCUGAUCCAGAAAAAAAUAAGUUAGCCAAGGAUCUGCACAUAGAACUUCAGUGGAAUGACCAACAUGCCAAAUUCUAUUGCAAGAUUUUCUUUGCUGAACACUUCCGACAACUGAGAAAAAUGGUAUUUCCUUAUGGUGAGGAGCAUUUCAUCCGCUCUCUCUCACGCUGCAUUCUAUGGGAGGCUCGUGGGGGCAAGUCUGGCUCAGUCUUCUGUAAAUCGAAAGAUGAUCGGUUCAUUCUGAAGGAGAUGUCGCGAUUUGAGAUGAAUUCUUUUCUUGACUUUGGACAAGCAUAUGUUCAGUACAUUGUGAACUGUGAAAAGGAACAACAACCAACAGUGCUCACCAGAAUAGUAGGUGUUUACCGUAUUGGAUACAAAAAUACCACUACAAACAAGGCCCAGCGAAUGGAUGUCCUGGUCAUGGAAAAUUUGUUCUAUCAACGCAAUAUCACUCAUAAGUUUGACUUGAAGGGAUCAAUCAGAAACAGGCUUGUAAACACGUCUGGCAAAGAGGAAUCAGAACUGGUGCUGCUGGAUGAAAACUUGGUGAGGAUGGCAUGUUCCUCUCCCCUGUAUGUGAGGCCUCAUAGCAAGACAGUGAUAAACCGAGCCAUCAAGGCAGACACUGUGUUCCUGUCGCAGCAGCUCAUCAUGGACUACUCCCUUCUUGUUGGCAUUGACGACACUGCCAAUGAACUUAUUGUUGGAAUCAUUGAUUACAUCCGCACAUUUACCUGGGACAAGAAGCUGGAGACCAUCAUCAAGGGCAGCAUGCUGGGAGGGGGGGCUGGCAAGCUGCCCACUGUUGUCUCCCCGGAGGUUUACCGUACCCGCUUCUGUCAUGCAAUGGAUCGCUACUUCCUGCUCUCCCCUGACAGAUGGACGGGACUGGGGCUUGGAGUCGACCCUUAACUUAUUUCAGCACUGGACUGUUUUGAUAUCUCACUGGUAACUAGGGAAUACCUUUUGGUUUUACUGAUCAUGUAGAUUAAUAUAUUCCUUAGAUUAUCUGUAGGUAUUAUCUCCCAAAUAUUUAUUUUUUGCAUUUAUUUAUCAUCUUUACUAAAUAUUCAUUCCUUUACCAAAGAGUCAUGCAUCAAUCUUCCAGUAAGUAGUGCCAGUCUGUUUUGUCAAUCUUUUUUUUACUUUAAGGAUUAAAUACAAAAAGUGGAAGUUUUAUAUCAUCUGGUUUUGAGGCAAUGUACAAAUAUUGCUUUACUAAAUGUAGUGGUUAAUAUUGGUUUUUAGUUCUAAAUUGAAUUAUUGAUGUAUAUACAUAUUUAAUUAAUGUGUCUUGACGAUUCCAUACAUAUGUUGAAUGAUAUCAUACUUCUAAGGUCCUUAGUCAUAGAAACUUGAAAAAUUAGAUUACCAUUGUAAAUUCAAUGUAAAUACCAAGUUUGUACCCAUAUAUUUCUUAUACAUUAAUUAUAGUUGAAAUUUACCAUCAGUUAACCGGUUAAGGAUUGGUGUUUGUACCCUGUGACUGUCCACUGGGCAUAGGACUUCCCUUAAGAUAGAGUCCUUCUAAAUGAUCACUGAAAAAUACUAAGCUUAAAGCAUAUUUUCAUAUAUAAAAAAGAUUCAUGUUUCUGUUUAUCAGGAAAACAAAUUAUGUAACAAUCUGAUGAACACGACUGAAGCAGCGAUAAGUAAGAGAGCGGUGCAAAGCCUAUGCAAUUAGAGAAGUG